GGGAAGCUCACUGCACCAGUGGGGGGCUGGGACGGACCGGAGACGUGACCUGGAAGUGCAAACAUGCAGGAGGCAGGAGCCCUGAGGCAGCACAACAGAGGAGUCAGAGAAGUCUGUGAGUUCAAGUCACCCAAGAUGAAGAUUUUCAGGGAGGAGAAGAAGGAGAAGGAGGUACACUAUGUAGAUCCCCCAGACGGGGGAUGGGGCUGGAUGAUUGUACUGCACUGCUUCCUGGUAAACGUGUUGGUGAUGGGAACCCUGAAGAGCUUUGGGAUUUUCUUCGUGGCGUUCCAGGAUGAGUUUGGCGGCUCAGCAGAGAGCAUCAGCUGGAUCGGAUCUAUCAUGUCCAGUCUGCGGCUGUCCGGAGGUCCCCUGGCCUCUGUGGCCUGCGCUAAGUUUGGGAACAGAACGACUUCCAUUGUUGGGGCGCUGCUGGUCAGUGCUGGGUUCCUCCUGAGUAUGCUGGCCACCAGUGCGGUGUUCCUGUACGUCAGCAUGGGGCUGAUUGUAGGCAUGGGCUUUGCUCUGCUGUAUCAAGCCACCUCUGUCGUCACGGCAACCUAUUUCAGGAAGAGGCUGGCCACGGCGUACUCGAUUGGUCGAUCAGGAAUGGGUUUGACCUUUGCACUGGCUCCCUUCACUCAGCUCCUGCUUGACCAGUACGCCUGGCAAGGGGCUCUGCUGAUUUUGGGGGGACUCAUGUUGAAUCUGGUGGCCUCCGGGAUGCUCCUUAGACCCCUCCACGUCAGGUUUCCCUCCUCCUCCUCCUCCUCCUCCUCACCUCCCACAUCCUCACCACAAACUCACAAAGACACCAGCAGCCAAAUGAGUGGAACAGAGAAGGAGGCUCCAAAGCUGUGCUUGAAUGGCUCCUCUCCCGUAACCAACGGCACAGCCAAAACGGACCCUUCCUCUGGGCCCCGUUGGGACUCCCCGUCCCCGGAACCGCAAGUCCCAGAGCUCAAAGCACCACUGACCUCUGAUCUCACAAGCCUGGUCCGAAAUGGGCUUGGAGGUCAAGACGGGGACCACUGCAAGGCUGGGUCUGGAGAGGUGACCCAGGAGCUGAAUGGGAAGUCUCCGGUAACAGUGAGCGUACCAGGAGAGCAGCCCUCGAAAAGGGCCAAAGUGUUGGACUUUGCACUUCUGAAAAACCCCUUCUUCUGCAUCUACACUUGGUCGCUGGUCUUCAGCCAGUUGGCCUAUUUCAUCCCCUACUUCCAUCUGUCAGCCCGUGCUCGGACCCUGGACAUCGACCCCAUGGACGCGUCCUUCAUCAUCUCCGUUGCCGGGAUCACAGAGACGGUGGCCCAGCUGGCCUCCGGAUGGCUGACGGACAGGAACUUCCUGCACAAGUACCAUUACCACAAGGCCUACCUGAUCCUGUGCGGCCUGGUCAACCUGCUGUCGCCGCUGGCCGACACCUACAUCCUGCUCAUGGUGUACGCCAUCUUUUUCGCCAUCUUCUGCGGAGGGUACAUGGCCCUCCUCCUACCCGUCCUAGUUGACCUGGUUGGCCCGGAGAAGCUGAAUAACUCCAUGGGAUUCUCCAUGUUCUUCGUGGGCCUGGGCUGCCUCACAGGGCCCCCCCUCGCAGGCUUCCUGUACGACUACACGCAGACGUACGACUGCUCCUUCUACCUGGCGGGCGUGUGCUACCUGCUGUCGUCCGUGUCGCUGUUCCUGGAGCCGCUAGCCCAGAGGUGGAGCCGCAGGAGGGCCUCCCAAACCGCCCGGCAGGACUGGAGGACCAACGGGUGCUUUCGCGCCGAGCCACUGCGCAACGGCGUGGUGUAA